UGUUCUUGUUGAGUUGCUGGACUGAUAUCCAGCAUGGCGGCCUUGGACAGCAUUCCAGAGGAUAAGGCUACCUCGUCGAAAUCGACUCAUAUUCAAUAUCAAGAAGUAACUUUUCGGAACUGGUAUAAGAAGAUAAAUUGGCUCAACACGACGCUGGUGGUGCUCAUACCCGCUCUUGGACUCUACCUAACACGCACCACGCCACUUACACGACCUACGCUCAUCUGGUCCGUCCUGUACUACUUCUGCACAGCUUUCGGCAUCACAGGCGGAUAUCAUCGACUAUGGAGUCAUCGCUGCUACUCCGCUCGUCUACCGCUACGCUUAUUCCUAGCCUUCACAGGCGCCGGAGCCAUCCAAGGUAGUGCUCGAUGGUGGAGCGCAAAUCACCGCGCCCACCACCGAUGGACCGACACAAUGAAGGACCCCUACUCCGUUAUGCGCGGCCUAUUAUUCUCGCACAUCGGAUGGAUGGUAUUGAACAGCGACCCCAAAGUCAAAGGCCGAACAGACGUCAGUGAUCUCGACAGCGACCCCGUCGUAGUCUGGCAGCACAAGCACUACGGCAAGUGCCUGCUGUUCGCCGCGUGGAUAUUCCCCAUGAUCGUAGCCGGCCUCGGAUGGGGAGAUUGGUGGGGAGGCCUUGUCUACGCCGGCAUCAUUCGAGCGUGUUUCGUCCAGCAGGCGACAUUUUGCGUGAACUCUCUCGCGCAUUGGAUCGGCGAGCAGCCGUUCGACGACAGACGCACGCCUCGAGACCACGUUUUGACAGCGUUGGUAACGAUGGGAGAAGGAUAUCAUAACUUCCACCACGAAUUCCCAAGCGAUUAUCGCAACGCGAUCAUCUGGUACCAAUACGACCCUACCAAAUGGCUCAUUUACCUCUUCUCCCUCGGCCCCUUCCCCCUCGCAUACUCGCUCAAAACCUUCCGGUCCAAUGAGAUUGAAAAAGGGCGGUUGCAACAACAACAAAAAGCCCUGGACAAGAAGCGCUCAGGACUUGAUUGGGGCCUACCCCUCUUCCAACUCCCUGUCAUAUCGUGGGACGACUUCCAAGCGCGUUGCAAAGAGUCCGGCGAGAUGCUGGUUGCUGUCGCAGGUGUGAUUCACGACGUCAGCCAGUUUAUUGAAGAUCACCCUGGAGGCAGGAGUUUGAUUCGGAGUGCGGUGGGCAAAGAUGGGACAGGGAUGUUUAAUGGAGGCGUAUAUGAGCACAGUAAUGCGGCGCAUAAUCUGUUGUCGACAAUGAGGGUGGGAGUGCUUAGAGGUGGGCAGGAGGUGGAGGUGUGGAAGAAGCAGAGAGUGGAUGUUUUAGGGAAGAGCGACAUUUUGAGACAGGUUACGCGGGUGGAGAGGUUGGUUGAGGGGGCUGUGGCUGCGUAGCGGAGGGGAGAGGUAAGCGUGGAAGAUAUGUGAUGACGCUUUAGACUUUGUUUUCAUAGCGAUUUGUGCUGGAGAGCUUUGGGCGGCACCGUAACGAAGCGUAAUGAAUCGGUAGCAUGUGUCGUGAUCACUCAGGCUGAACACGUCACCAUCA